AUGAAGAACACUUACCCAUCUCCUCUUGCAAGUUACGAGAACGUGGUGGCUGAUAAGGAUCUCUUCAUGUCUACACUGAAGACGUUACACUCUGAAAUGGACACAGAUUUUUGGAUUCCGAAAGUAAGAUUUGCGGAUAUGGACUUGCAUAAGAUUUUUGUAGAAGUAACUUCUCGUGGUGGAAUCGAUAAGAUUGUUAAAGAAGAGAAGUGGAAGGAGACAUUUGAUACGUUUAACUUCCCCAAAUCACAACGAAACCCUAUUUUUAGGAAGCACGUGCUACAAUACUACUACUCGCUACUUCGUAAUUACGAGAUGGUCUAUUUCUUCAAAGCUCGUGGCCAAGUUCCUCCAUUGACCGGAUCCGUCAAUGGAAAAGCUAAGAGUGCUUAUCAUGUGACUCUCAAAAUUGGUUCAUGGAAGCUAAGAGGAGUUAUGUAUGAGUCUACAGAGGAGAGAGGCACUCAAGAUCCAGAGAAACAGAGUUAUGAUGUUUCCCCCAACACUUUGACUGAUGAAGCCAAUCAUAAAGAGCAUUUCGAAAAGGCCAAUAGUCAAAAAGAGGUAUGCAAUAUCAGCACUCUCAUCUCCGGAUUUUCUUGA